AGUGUGAAAUAACCAAAGAUUUGUAAUGACAACAGUAUAUGUUAUAUCUUCAUUAGGACAGUUGUUAUUUUAAGCAGGACAUGUUUUAUAUAAUGUGAUUUUAGGCUGUUAAUACCAUCAAAGUAAUAGGAAAUGAUGUACCCAGAUUACUGUGGAAACCAUCUAUAGCCUAAGGCACAGUAUGCCAGGAAUCUAUAAGUACAGGAAGUUACCCCAGGGAAAUACCAUGUAGGGUGUUUAGGGGUUGUGAUUUGCUGAUUUCCUGUACAGGUGGGAUAUACACAGGUGUGAUUCAGGUGUGUUUCAGGUAAAUGAAUUGUGUACAACAGGAAAUCUAGGAUUCUAAAUGUGCUCAUGUGUGACAGAAUGUUGCCGAUAUGAGAUCUACCUGGUACAAGGAUGGAAGGCUAACCAUUGACGACGGGAUACAGAUGUAGCGCCCUGAUGAAGUCAGGAGACAGUCUAACUACGACAAUUUGUACAUUUGUGUCUUAGACGUUAACUUCAGAAGCAGAAUGUCCUCGAAAACGAAAACGAAGGGCUCCAAACUGGGGCUUUUCAAGUUCCGCAAGAGUACAACAGAUCUAUCAGAAUGGAACAAGAAUGACGAGAAGUUACUAAAGGCUGUGGAAUUGGGAGAUAUUAGCAAAGUGGAUAAUAUUCUACAGAAAAAGGCCAUGGUCCCGACCAAGCUGGGUCCCAAGGGGCUGUCUGUUUUCCAUGUUGCCUGUGCUGCAGGAAGAACUCAGAUUGUAGAACAGUUUCUUGGCUAUGGUGCCGACGCCAACAUUAAAACAAUACAAGAAACAUCCCCUUUACAGUUAGCGGCAGGCAAUGGGAGAGCAGACAUUGUUCAACGUCUUAUUCAGGCGAGAGUGGACAUUGAGGAGACAGAUAAGAAUGAGACAACCGCACUACACCAUGCCUGUAUGGGUAUGCAUGUUAACUGUGUACAGGUGCUACUCCACCACAGGGCUGAUGUCAGUGUGGGAGACAAGACGGACAAAACACCCCUGUUCUAUGCUUCACACAAUGGAGACCUUCAGAUCUGUAAGGAACUUCUGGACCGAGGGGCAGAGGUCAAUAGGUGUGACACAUCAAACAUAUACCCUCUGAUGGCAGCGGCAAAACAAGGACACAAGGAAGUGUGUGAACUACUGCUGAGGAAGGGAGCCGAUCCCGAGGCUACAGACAUACAAGGCAGAAAAGCCCUUCAGUAUGCUGUAGAUGCAGGACAUGAUGAUUUAGAAGAAGUAUUCAGUAAAGCACCAACACGAGCUUCCUGGGACCUCACCUCAUCCAAGACUGCUAAUGGUCCAUCCAGUGGUGCUAAUGGAGAAAUCAUAGAAACAACUACAUCAGAGAUGCCCGAGGCAGAUCAGGUUGAUGCAGUAGCUCAGUUUAUACCUGCCAACACACCUGAGUUUGAUCGUAAACUAUCCAACGAUGUGUCCCCUAGCAACCAACCAGUACCACAGCCAAGAAGUACAAAACCAGCUGAGAGUCCUCAACAGGUAAAUGCUGCGGAUCUGCGGGCACUGGAGGCCUACAAGGGAGAUAACUCGGGAGAGGAGCUGGAGGAGGAGCAUGAACAACUCAAUGAAGAGUUUCACAGAGUCACUUCCAGUAACAGGAAGUUAAAAGGUGAUAUAAUGUCACUACAGAAGCAGCUUCAGGAAUUCCAACAGGCCGCAUCUGAAGAUAAAACAAAAGACCUAGAGAAAAUGGUGGAGGGUCUUGAGGUCCAACUAGCUGAGGAAAAGGAGAAAAAUCAUGAACUUGAAGAAAAAUUAUCCACACAGACCACUAAAGCAGAGAAUGCACAGGAAGAGGAUGGACCAUCAACGGGAGAUGCCUGGAAUGAUAGUGAGGGUGAUCUGUUUGAUUCUCCAGGUCACAAGAAAAAUGGAGAGAUGGAGCCAGAUGAUAAACAGAUGGUAGCCUUGUUAAGGAGUCAAAUCCUAUCACUCCGACAGGAGAAUGAUCAGCUCAAGGAACGAGCACAGUCGGUCCCCCCUGAUGCUGUAGGGGCAUCCUCUUUCCUUGCCCCUGGGGCACAGGAUCUGCCACCCGGGGUCAGAGCUCAGUUGGAGGAAAAGGAAGAGGAGCUGGAGGAACUCCAUAAUAAACUGAUUACUCUGGAGGAGGAAAACAAGAUCCUUAUUGACCAGAUAAAGAGGAACAGACACAGGGAAGAGAAUUUUGUGGAGAGAGAGAUCCAGACAUCUCCGAAGAAUUUUGGAGACAGCCAUUCAUCAGCUGACAUGAAAUCCUCACAAGAAAAACUCUCAAAAGUGUGUGUAAAAACAGAGGAUGGAAGUGACAAUAAAAGUGAGGAGGUUGAGAAACUGAAACAUGAUUUAGAAACUCUGAGAGAAACUUACGAAAAAUUGGUACAGGCUGGGGACAAUCUACAGGAUAUGUAUGACCAAGUGCUACUAGAGAAAGAUCAGCAGGCUGAGGAGUUCGAGAAACUUUUCCAAGAAAAAGAAGAAAUUGUGAAAGAAAAUGAAUUUCUUUUAUCUGAUGGCAAUGCCAUGCACGAGGACCUAGAAAAGUUAGUGCAAGAAUUAGAGAAAAAUCAGGAAAAUUUAGAAAAGGUUCAAUCAGAGAAGGAGGAUUUAGAGCGAAAACUAGCAGCCGUGAACAUGUCGGGUAAAGCUAGUGAGAUGGCCAAGUUAAUGGAGGAGCGGGAUCGGUACAAAUCACGAUACGAGGAGGAGGCGGUGGAGCGAGGACGACUCCAGGAGAAUCACGAUGUGGUGUUAGAGGAAGUACAGAACCUACAGGAGAAAUGUCAGGCAAUGUCACUGGAGCAGGAACAAAUCCAACAGGAGUACGAAGGGCUACAGGACGAGUAUGAUCAGUUAUCACAACAGUCUGAGGCCCUACAGCAGGACUAUACACAGCUGGAGCAGGACUACUCCGAGUUAUUAACAGACAAAGAGAAGAUGGAACAGGAAUUCCUCGAGGUACAGACAGCCAGCGUCCAGGUGGAGAAUCGAAACCCCAGUCUCCUGGAGGAGAAAGAACAUCUCCAGGAAGAGUAUGACAUGUUAGACUAUGAGAAGGAACAGCUUGAACUUACCAUCUCAGAAAUGUCAAAGAACAAUGCUCUCUUAGAGGAACAAUUAGAUAAAAAUAGAACUGAAUUGUCAAGGACAUAUGAAAAGUUGAAAAAGGAAUCUGCAAUUAGGGCACAGCAAGAAUCUGAAUCAAGUACAGAUAAGGACAAACAAACCAAGUCUUUACAGACACAGAUAUUACGACUACAACAACAACUCUCGGAAACAGACCGACAUCACCGAGAUGUAGUCAACACAUACAGAACACACCUUAUAUCAGCAAUGCAGGGACACAUGGACACUGAUGUUCAGCAAAUAUUGUACAACAUUAUUGACCUACGCAGUGUGGAAGAGUACUGCUGACCCAAAUUGUGUCAAACUUGUCACCAUGGAAACACAGCAGCAGUGAUCACAUGAUCUAUGGAGACGGUCAUUCGUGUCUCCAUGGAAACUCAGCAGCAGCAAUCACAUGAUCUGUGUGGUCGGUCAUUUGUGUCUCCAUGGAAACUCAGCAGCAAAUAUCACAUGACCUGUGUGGACGGUCAUUUGUGUCUCCCUGGAAACUCUGCAGCAGUGAUCACAUGACCUGUAUGAACGAUGAUCAGUGGGAAUGAUCACUCUACUUUCCAAUCCUCUUAUGUCCUUGUCAUGUAUAGUCAGUUAUCUAUAACCUACUUGACCUGUAUCUUACUGUGGUUAGACGAACAUAAGAAUUUUGUGAUGCAUCUAGCCUUGUAUGAUAAUGGACUUCUAUGCUUAGUGUAAGCAUAAGCAAAUGAGAUCUAUAUAGUUUUAUCCUUAAAGGGUAAUUUAGACUUGUCACACCUUAUGGUUUACAGUCAUGAUGCACUGUCAGGAGAGGUUUGAUAUCUUGCAGAACUAUCAGGAAAUAGCAGCAUUUUGGGAAAGUAACUUGUUGAGCAGUUCUCUGAUAACAUUCCUAUUUUAUAUAAAGCUUGAUUCAAUAUAUUGUAAUUGAAACAGAUUUGUUAAUUUUUUGACAAACAAUGUAAUGUGGAGAUUUUACUUUUGAUAUACAUUCCAAAUUAAUUUUUAAUGUCUUAUCUGUUGUUAUUUUUUUCCUGAAUUCCUUCUCCACAUAGAGUUAUUCCCCUUUUUGUUGUUUUGUGUUUGGAGAAUUGUGCUGAUACUGCUGGGCUGCAAAAUCAGUCCUCAAGAUGUUGUGAGAUUUGAUAUUUUCUGGGAUUGUGUAAUAGAUAUGUGUGUAUCCUUGGUAACAAGUUGGCAAUCCUAAAUAUAUGUAAUGUCCUGGGUGUAUAUCAUUCAUAUCCAUUUUAAAAGGAAUUGUUCAUUUGAUAAUUUUAAUAGAUGAAAUGAGUGUUAUUUUUAUAUGAAAAUUUAUAUAUGACUUUCUAUUUUAAAUGUGUGUAUCAUUUUAUAAAUGGUUGUGAACAACAUUGUCAUUAUAUGUUUUUACCAUAGAAACAAAUUUUGUAUUGAAUAUUUUUAUAGACUUUAGUUGGGGAUGUUGGAUAGUGGGGAAAUUGAGUAACAUUGGGUUAAGUUUUAUUUGUAUAUUUACAAUUACCAACAUUUGUUGAGGUAAACUUGUUACUUUAUGAACACUGUCAAAUUGAAAAUGAUCUAUAUGAGUAUCAGGUAAAACUGUUACAUUCCUUUGCAAUCAAAGUAAGAAAAAACGUCCUGCUUGAUGUGGUUGAGAAUCAAAUGUUUAAAGAUUAUUUACAAAAUCCAUUCAAAAAGGGAUGGAGUUAGGGGAAAGUCGGGUAACUUCGAUCAUGCGGGCAAAUUCGAUCACUUUACAUUAUUCUCACAUACAUUACGAUUACUCCACAACACAGUUUUCAAACAUCGUUGCUGGAAAAACUGGAAAUCCCCUUUGUUAUAAAAAGAAUACAUGUCACAUGACGAAAUAUACGUGAAGCGAUAUGAUUGGUUGUUUCUUUCCGAUGAUGAACACACCUCCAAAAGGCGGCUAUUUCGAUUACGAAACUCAACUACAUUUACUCAAGAGAUUUUUAUUCGCUGAGAGAGUAAGUAAUUGUUUUAAAAAAUGCGUGUAUCACAAUUGGAAUAUUCUAACUUAAAACUAACGAAUUAUAUAAGUUUUUGAUUUAUGUGUAAAUACAUAUAUUUUAAAUAAGCUAUUCUAAAUGAUCGAAGUUACCCUCCACGGCAAUAUUCUAGAUGCGGGUAACUUCGAUCACACGUAAUCGAAGCCAAUAUGCACGAUCAUUUUAUGAUUAUUUGUAAAAUGGGUCGUUUGCUUCUUUCAAAACUAUUUUGAAAAUAAGAUAAUAUUUCAGAAGUGGUUCUCCGUACCAAACUAGAUCCUUCAGUCACAAAUGAAUAUGUGGUUCCAGGCAUCAAACUUGUAUGUUAAAAAAGGGGCGUGGUUGUUAAAAAGGGGCGUGGUCAACUGUAGUCUACCGGUACAUAGGUUUACAGGAUGAAGUAUCUUAUUAUCCCCGGUAUAUCAGUUGUUGGGAUGCAUCACUGGGGCUACCGGCAUCUAGAAGUUGGAGAGGGAUAUUUGCUCCAAAGGGAACCGGAAAACCCUAAAGAUAUUAACGCGAUCGCUGUUGCCUCCAAAGAUGGAAAGAAGAGGGCGUACAUAACGAGGAAUCAUGCCUUUGUCAUCUCUAAACUUUUUAAACUCAGUAUAUCCCACACAUGGCGGUUAAAACCCAAAGAAGAGGCUAAAGUGAAGUAUAAACGUGUAGGUCCACAACAAAAGUGUAGAGUCGGAUGUAAGGUACAUGACGAGAGCAAACUUCAAGGGGCAAUCAACAUUCUGUCUUCUUUUGGAAUCCAAUAUGAAGUAAAAUCGAACUAGAAAAAAAUGUGUGGACAAUUUACACUUUGUCUUUGAAAGUUUAAUAGAUAUAGCAUGAACGCCAAUCUGAUGUGUUGCUGUGAUUUGUUUAUUUAAUUUUCUUUACAGUUUUAUCACUAUGCUAAACGUGUACACAUGCAUGUAAGCUCAAUUUUCUUUCUCAAGCUUAAACUAUUUUUUUUUUUAAAUAUUGAAGAUCAGUAUUCAGCAAAAAAAGUACAUGUACGUACUACAGGUCAACUUUCCCAAUACGAUAACGGCGACGUAUACAUAAUAGAAAUUGUAUCGAUGCCGAGCCAUUUGUUACUUGAUAAAUUGUAUACCAUACACUCAAUCAUACAUUAUUCCGAUAACACAAGACAAUCAUGUACUAUAAUUUAUUACUUGAUACCAGCAAAUACACAAUAACGCCAUUCUUACAAUUCACGAACAAAUAUAUGGUCAUUUAUUUCUUCGACAUCACAGAGCCACUACAAUAUUAUCAUAUAAUCAUUUUGAUUCACUUUUGUACUGACAUACAUUUUUAUUAUUGAAGCAAACAUUUUAGAGAAUACAGGAGAGUAGUUAUCUCAUUUCGAUCAGUUGAAAUAUGGCAACAUUUUGUCAUAAUACGGACGUCUCAUCAUAACAAUAUAGUGUAUUUGAUAUUUCGUCAAUAUAAAUAUCAUCAGAAAAAAUAACAGUAGAACACUUUCGUAAAAAGUCUAUGUUAUUAACAAUGGGUGGCGUAAUUGACAACAACAAAUAUAGAGAAUUUAUCUAUGAUACAAAUGUAAGUGACUAGGACAAAUGGAUAGUAUCUAAGAGUUAAAACGUAGACUCCAUACUACGAGUACAACCAAUAUAAGUCAUUAUAUUAUUCAUUAUCGGGUUGUUAAAGAUAUCUUAACGAUCACUGUACGUACUAGUAUUUAAAAUGUUGAUAAUUAGGUGCAUAUUAAAUUUAAUUCAAAUCAUUGUUCGCUGUAUUGUACAUUUGAAGUCGUCUGAAGUUAAGGCAAAAUAGUAUACUAGUAGAAAUGUAUAUGUAUAGACAAUACAGACGAAUGUACAUAUUCGCAUACACCACACAGACGUGGAAUAAAAUUUAUCUUUGUUAUCAAUCCGACGGGUUCUGAUGUUAUACUGGAGAUAUAAGGUAUACGUUAUCGCAAGAUCGUCAGAAAAAUUCGGACUGCAUGCUUCUAACAAACAAUAAUAUCAGAGACGUAUAUGAAGAAAGGAAAAAACAAACUUGACACCGCCCAAAGUGCUGUCGUUGUAUCUGAACUUUCUACCAAUAAUGUAUAGUCAUCCCAAUUGAAUGGAUGAUUAUUGAAGGUGGAAUUAUUUGAUAUAAACUUUAUUCGAGCCUGUGAUUGAAGCUUUCAGUCAAAAUCGAUAUGUACAACUUCCCAAAUAUAUGUGAACCCGGAAGUGAUCGAAGUUGCCCGAAGUGCUGAUCGAAUUUACCCGACGCAUGAUCGAAUUUACCCGACUCGUAGUUUUGACACAUUUCUUCCCUUCUAAACUCCAAUUAUAGAGGAAGACCAUGUAGUUUUUGUAUUUUGGGAGCAUUCGACCCUAUUUUCAUUUACGUAAGCGACGCAGAGCCUAAAAUCGAUCAUGUGACCUCUCAAAUCUCGAGAGAAACUGAAGUGAUCAAAGUUACCCGACUUUCCCCUAUAUAAUUCAGUUUAUCUCUGUGUUGGUUGUCAACCAUUGGGAUAUUUGCCCCAUUGCCAUUUACAUAUCAGAUUUUCUCUAUGAGACCUGGAACUUCAGUAUAAACAAGAUCCUAAUUAAUAUUGUAAAUUCAAUAUAUACCAAGCUAGUGCUUCCAGAGGAGUUGUCAGUCUCCAGACAGCCCCACAUAUGCAGGUUUAAUUUAUAUAACAUUUGCUGCAAACAUAAUUGUUGAUAAUUGUUUUUGCUAUUUUUGUUUAGUCGAAUUUCUAGUCUGACCAUGUUAAUUAUCUUGUAUAAAUCAUGAAAAAUAAACAAACAUGUUUCACUUCAUGGGAUGUUUGAUCAAUAAUUCUUUUUUCACUCAUAAUAAUAUCCAACUAUCAGUAUUUAUAUAAAUGUUGGUAUGACUGUUUUAUAAUUUGAACAAAAUCCCAUUUCCAUGUCUUCCACAUCUAGUGAAAGUCAAAGGAAUUCCCUCUUUGAACAGAGAUAAAUGUACUAUUUAGAUGUCCAGCCAAAAUUUGGUCAAAUGAUGAUUUGGUGAGAUAUUCCGCCUUCUGAAAUUAAGUACAUGUACCGAUGAUUGUAAAACCAUAAUAUUACUGUGUAUGUAACUAAUUGUUGUCUUAGUUUUGUGAUAAUCUGAAUCCCAACUGUCCAAAUGUUCACCUGUACAAUGAGCUGUGAUGUGUCCAACAAAUUGGCUUAAUUAACUAUAAAGCUUAAUUCUCAAUAAUGAUACUAUCUUGCCAUAUAAGCCUUAUUACAGUAAAAAAAGCAUUGUUUUUUGUAAGAUAGAAAUAAGUGAGAGUUGUCUCCCCUAACCAGGAUUUAAUACUCAAGGUCAAGUUUCAAGGUAAGCAAGGCCCUAAAACACACUUACUGUACUGUACAGAAUAUGUAAUAUAUGACACAUUUAGCAAUAAGUCCAUAUUUUAGAAGAAAUCAGUAGUGUCCAAUAUGAUAGUCUUAAUAAAAGUUCAUUAAAAUAUGCCAAAAAAUGUAGUCUGAUAGUGUCUUUGUGACCAACUUCAUUGUCUGUAGAAAAUUGGGUAUACAUAUUGACAUUUCUUUGUAUUUUUAUACUCCAUGUCAGAUCAUCAGCAUUUUCAUAGAUUGUUCAUUUGUGUGUGAUUUUGCAGUACAUUCUAUACCUGUAUACCUUAUGUUACAAUUUUGUACCUACUUUUGAUAUGGUUUGAAGUCUAUCAAAGCCUGCCUACAAACAGUAGAAGAUGGCUCAUCAUCCUUUGUAUUGUACCAUCAAUAUUUUAUUGUACUGGUGAACAGUUUGUGAUAACACAUGUCAUAUCCAUAUGAUCAUGCAUGAUGUCAGUUUUACAGGUAUAUGAUCAUGCUCGACGUCAGUUUUACAGGUGUUUGAUCAUGCUUGACAUCAGUUUUACAGGUGUAUAAUCACACAUGGUGUCAGUUUAACAGGCAUGAUCACACAUGACAUCAGGGUUACAGGUGUCAGGUAAAAGCACGUUUUACACGUAUGGUUUAUGUAUGAUCAUACAUAACAGUUUUACAGGUGUGAUCUUGUAUGACUUCAGUUGACUUCGGUGUGAUCUGGCAUGGCGUCAGUUUUAUAGGUGUAGGAUCAAACAUGACGUUUACAAGUGUCGAUCAUGAAUGAUCAUAUAUGACGUCAGUUUUACAGGUGUAUGAUGCACAUAGCGUCAGUUUAACAGGUAUGAUCAUCCAUUACGUCAUUUUACAGGUAGGUUGGGUGUUUGUGUUACAUUAUCAAAGGAUAUGUGUUCAUGAAGAGUAAAUGGGAGUUUUAAGAGAAAAGUUUUGUGUGAAGAGAGAAAGACAAUAACAAAGUAAAUCCUGUUGUUUGGACGUCAGAGAAUGGAGUGCUAUAUUACAUUAGGAGAUGGGAUCAAUAUAUAUAUAUAAUAGCAAUAUUGUUGGGAGUUUUAAUAUUAUAUAUUAAAAUACAUCAUAGAAUUAUUAAUUGCAUAUCUAGUUCAUGAUGCAAAAUGUCUCUGUAACCCUAUGUGUCCAUACAUAUACGGCAAUGAUGUUAUUAUGAAUUAAUACAACAAUAAAAAUACAUCUAAAACAC